AUGCAAGAGAUAUGCAACACCGCUGCCUUGCCGCUCGACACUAACCCGCUGGUGCGCAAGAUAAAAUGCGAAGAGUUCCCAACUAUCAGAGGGAAGCAACACGCAAGAGUUGGUAUGGGGGUGCGCGAUGAAAUGGAAGAGGACUUCGCGGUGAAGACGAGGAACACACCGCCAAUGGGGCCAGCGCCGGGGCAGGAACACCCGCGCAUGGAGCACGGGGGCAACGGCUUCUGGCUGGCCGCCGUCACCACCGCAGGAGCCCCACACCCUAUGCUCGAAACAUGUACCGAAACUGGCUUCAUCAACAGCCAACCUUCCAUGGCAGAGUUCAUGACAGCCUUACCUCAAUUAGGCGGUGGAGAACUCAGCCCUCAACACACGCCCCCAGGCUAUGCGCCCGACCUACCAUCCCCCGGUGGUGGCCUCAACGUUCCGGAGUAUCCAUGGAUGAAAGAAAAAAAAACUACUAGGAAGAGUAGUCAACAAGAAAAUGGAUUGCCGCGACGGCUGCGCACUGCUUACACGAACACACAACUAUUGGAAUUGGAGAAGGAGUUUCAUUUCAAUAAGUACCUAUGCCGACCGAGAAGGAUUGAGAUAGCAGCUUCGCUAGAUCUCACUGAGAGACAGGUCAAAGUAUGGUUCCAAAACAGACGCAUGAAGCACAAGAGGCAAACACUUAGCAAGACAGAAGAUGGAGACGACAAAGACUCCACUACUUCAGAAGGUGGUAAAAGUUCCAAAACAGGCCUCGACAAAUUUCUGGAUGAUGAUGGACCGCUAUCUGGUAAAAAGAGUUGUCAAGGUUGCGAACUACCUCCCGGAGCUCUUUGUUCUCCAGCUGAAGAUUUACCGGAGCUAGCAUCCCGCACACGAAAUAACAAUACGCCAAGUGCCACCAACAACAACAGCUUCGCGAGUGACGGCGCCUCUAGCGUGGCUUCGUCUUCCUCUUUGGACAAACUUGCAGAAGACGAUUCACGUGACGCACAUCCUCCAAUCACCGCAAUGACUGCUGCUCCACGAAAUUUGUCAAAGAGGAUUAAGCAAGAAUCCAGGAAGCGAUCUCCUUCAUUGGAUGCGACAUGCAAAGUGUCGCCAUCAUCCUCAAAAGACGGCCUUGGUCCCGUAACUGGUCUUCCGGAUAAUGGGAAAUUCUCAUCGGUUAACUUGACACCAUCUUCAACGCCAGGGACUCCCUCAAGUAUGCAUCCGAGUCCAUUAGGUCAUUACCCUAGGCCUUCACCCCCGAAUGCCCCACCAGGGCCGCCACAUGCCCAGUCUGUAUCCACUGCGAUGCCCCCCUACGUUAUUCGCGGUAAUGCGCCGCCAGGACAGUUUGUACCACACCCUGACUUCCGGAUGGAUUCCAAACAAUUUAUUGGAAAACUCACACAAUAUCCACAAGGUAACAGAAACUAUGAAGGAUACGGUGCAGCCAUACAAUCGGCUGACCAACACAGCUACGUGCGGAAUCAGCAGCACACUCGACAGGAAGGUUCUCCUUCCACGAGGACUACUAACGGUAUAACAUCGAGGCAAGCAUACCCUCACGAAAUGUAUCAAAACUAUGGCUAUCCAGGUUACGGGAAAGAUCAAGUAGCUUACGGUCAUCCUGGUUAUGAUCAAUCGCAGGGCUACACUGGAGAGCAUAUGGGCUAUGCAAAUAGUCACUAUGGCUACCAUUACCACGAAGGCACUCAACAUGAUCAUGGUCAUAACUACUACGCUACUGAAGGACAAAAAGCAUCACACGGAACAGAUUAUUCGAAGAACUACUACGAUGGGAACGCUUACCCGCAACAAGCAGCGGCAUACGGGGCGGCAGGUGCACAGGCCGUGGCGGCAGGCGCGGCGGGCGAGGCUUACAGCGGCGCGGAGUGCGCCGACGGCUACGGUUCAUUCCAGCAGUUCUACGAGGCCACGCACGCCGCGCCUGCCGGGGAUAACUCUAACUCUUCCUCAGACUUCCAUUUCCUCAGCAAUCUCGCAAACGAUUUCGCACCAGAAUAUUACACCAUUUGA